UAUUGUUUCUCUUCAGAGUCGAAAAUUUUCCACUGUGCGCUUGUGUGUGUGUGCGUAUGUAUGCUAGUGUGUGUGGCACAACUUCAUUGAUUAGCGUGCAACAGAAUGCGUCGGCUGUGCGGGGCGUUUGAAGUAAUAAUAAACAAAUCUGGUGGUUCUUUUUAGGCAUAAAUCGCGACUGUGGCGCUGUUGGAGGCGGUGGUAAUGACGGUCGUGGUGGCUGCGGUGGCAGCUGCGUCACACAUACACAAAAGAAACGCGUCGAUAAAAAAAAAACAACAACAACAACAGGCUGACGACAAAAAACGGCGAUCGGAGAUGUCGGCACCGGGAACUGCCACGGUUAUAUGGUGAAACACACACACACACUCACACUCACACCGAAAAUGACACAAGUAGCAACAAAAUGAACAACAACAACGAUAGUAAUAACAACAACACGGACUUUGAUAGCAAAACGACGCGCGCGUCGUUAAAUAAACUUGAACUUGACGCUUCUUCCGUCUCCGUUUUGGUCUCUCAGACGAUCGCGUUUCGUGUUUGCGGCUGCACGUUUCUGAGCGUAAUGAUUUACUGUUCCUGGGGCAGCACGUUUUUAAGCACAGAGAGCAACGGCAACAGCAGCAACAAAAGGCCACAACAACAACAACAACGACAACAUGUUUGGGAAUAUAGCGAGAGCGAAAUACAUAAAAAAAAAUGUUUGCCAAACAGCUGGAGUCGACACGCAGGUACCCUGUAGCAUGAGAGUAU